AUGGUUGCCUACUAUUUUAACUCUAACUCUUCAUCUGGGUCGGGUUAUAAGAACACGUUUGAUCCGUUUCCGCAUAGCUUAGAGGAUUUUAGUGACGUUUUGUGUGGUGGGUCAAUGGUUUCUCAAGCUUUGGUGUUGGAUGCUGAGAAGGGAGAGCUAGUGAAGGCGCCUACAAGAGUUGGGAAGAAGGGCGUAUCUGAGGCCAAGGCUUUGGCAGCUUUGAAGAGCCAUAGUGAGGCCGAAAGGAGGAGGAGAGAGAGGAUCAACGCCCAUUUUGCUACUCUUCGCGGUCUUGUGCCCUCCACUGUAAAGGAUAAGGAGAGCAAUAAUAGUUUACUGGUGGCUUGGAACCUCCCCCAGGUUACAUUGAUAUAUGAAGGCAUAUCUUGCUGGUAUGUCACUGCUAGAAUAAGCAUGCUGUUGACUGCAAUUGUAAUGGACAAAGCCACGUUGCUUGCUGCAGUCAUUAGCCAAGUCAAAGAACUCAAAAAGAAUGCCAUAGAAGCCUGCGAAGGCCUUCUUAUUCCAAUGGACAAUGACGAAGUAAAAGUUGAGACAUAUUUUGAUGGAACUAAAGAUGGAACGUUGCAUUUUAAGGCAUCUAUCUGUUGUGAAUAUCGACCUGAGCUUCUAUCCGAUUUAAGACAAGCUAUUGAUGCUCUUCCUUUGAAAAUGGUGAACGCAGAAAUAUCAACCUUGGGAAGCCGGGUAAAGAAUGAGUUUGUAUUCACCAACAACAGAAAUAAGAAUGUUGUAGAUGAUGGUGAGGCAAUGCAGCUUCUUGCAAACUCUAUUCGUCAUGGCUUAACAACUGUCUUGGAGAAAGGUUCUGCCUUACCAGAAUACUCACCGAGGACAACACUUCCAAACAAGAGAAGGAGGAUGACUUUCUUCAAUUCCUCAACCUCGUCUUCUUAA